AUGUGUGGCAGAUUCCUGAGGCGACUGAUGGCUGAGGAGAGCUGGCACUCCACCCCUGUGGGGCGCCUCAUCCUUCCGGUGCUCCUGGGAUUCCGCCUCAUACUGCUGGCUACCAGUGGGAUGGGGGUCUAUGGCGAUGAGCAGAGUGAAUUUGUGUGUCACACCCAGCAGCCAGGCUGCAAGGUUGCCUGCUACGAUGCCUUCCACCCCCUCUCCCCACUGCGUUUCUGGGCCUUCCAGGUCAUGUUGGUGGCUGUGCCCAGUGUCCUCUACAUGGGUUUCACCAUGUAUCAUGGCAUCUGGCAUUGGGAAGACUCAAGAAAAGUGAAGGAGGAGGAGACCCUGAUCAGACAAGAACAGGGCAGCACAAAUGUCUCAGGGGCUGAAAGCCCCAAGCUGCUCUGGGCCUAUGUAGCACAGCUGGGGGUGCGACUGGUCCUUGAGGGGGCAGCCUUGGGAGGGCAGUACCAUCUGUAUGGGUUCAAGAUGCCCAGCUCCUUUUCAUGUCGUCGAGAGCCUUGCCUCGGCAGUAUAACCUGCCAUGUGCCCCGCCCCUCUGAGAAGACCAUCUUCCUAAAGACCAUGUUUGGGCUCAGUGGGCUCUGUCUCUUCUUUACUCUUUUGGAGCUGGUGCUCCUGGGCCUGGGGAGAUGGUGGCAGACCUGGAAGCAAAAAUCUUCCUCUUCUAACUACCUCACAACUUCAGAGACCACCAGAAAACACAAGGAACCAAACGAUAACUUCCCAGUGGUGGAAUCAAAAGAACAGUUCCGAGUAGCAGGUGAGAAGAGCACCAAUGUCCCUCAUUCUUCUUUCCUGAUGAUCCCCUCUUGGCAGGACCCUUCCCUCCGGGAAGUACAACUCCCACAUGUUACAAAAGAGAAAAAAAGUUAUAAAAACACCUGGCUCCACUCUGAAGGAUACCCCAUGACUGGAUCUUCUCCCCAACAUCCAGUGAGUGGGGAUACAUCUCCGUGA